UGAUUGGUAGAAAUGCGCGCCAGCGGCCGUGGAUUGGUCCAAAUGACCACGAUCUCGCGAUCCUGCGCGACGAGCACGUGUAAUCACACGGAUGACGGCGUGGCGCCGCGCCGAUGGCCACCGACGCAGCCACCGACGCAGCUAGUACUGGUGUCCAUGGCCACCGACGACGUCAGCUUAACACCGUUUCAAAACUGACCUUUCGCAGGAUGGCGACGACUCUGGCACCGGCCGCCGUAGCUGGCGACGAUUGGAUUGACGAAGCGAGCUGCUCCGAGUCGGACAACGAGGCCAACGUCCUCGACGUCGACGUCUUGCGUGCACCGGCGCCGACCAAGCAGCGACGCGUGGGCCGUUUCUGGUCGAAGAAACCAACCAAGUCGACGACGACGAGUACCAAGGCGGCACGGCCAGCGACGCUACCCCGCGGACGCUACCGCAUGGAGAUGGUGGCGACGCCCGAGCCGCACGUACCGUGGGUGCGGCGCUUCUACACGUCCGACUUUUUCGACCUAGUACUCGUGCUCCUCUUCUGGGCGGCGAUUGGCGUCGGCAUCUACUACCUGCAGAUUGAAGUGCCCGACGAGUACAAGACCGUUGUGACGGUCGCUGUCGCCCUCACGAUGCUGCCGCUCGCCAUGUACGCCAUCUUGCACGUCUACGAGCUGCGUCUUCGGCGAGCGCGGCGCUUCGUCAAGGUCUCGACCGACUAAGCGCUCAUCCUGUAUAGUGCGCUUGGAAACUAGGAACUUCAAUCACGUUCGUUUGUGAUUGGGCCGUCGACACAGCGCAACGCCGGAACAGUGAAUCACGGUGCAUGGACACACCCGCACCACCACUUCUACUAUC